UUGCAAAUCAAGAAACACAAAAACACAUAUCCAUCCGUCCAUUAUUUGAUCAAUAGAUAUCUCUCACUGCAUAUCAAGAACCAGUUUCCACGGUGGUUCUUGAUUCUUGCUGCCAGAUGCAUUUUUGUUUUCUUGAAGAUGAAAAGAUGUUGACUUUCUUAGUCAAAAUCCAAAACCCUUUGACCAUGCCAUUUAAUUUAGGAGAAAAUCGUUGUUAAUCAUCUCUCCCUUUAUUUGUCUCUAUCUUUUCUUUUCCCAAUCAUACAUCUAUUCAUUACCCCUCCACACACCCACACACACAAGAAGUAGCUACAUUUUAUAGUGUCAUCUUUUCCGCUUUAUUUUCAAAUUUCAUUUAAAAGGUGAGUAUCUUUUUUCCCCAAUGGAUCUUUAAUCUUGUUUAUUUGAUAUUUUUUUUUUUUUGGACCCAUAUAAGAUGAGGCAAAAUGGGUGUUUUUUUUACCGUCUUUGUUUUUUGGUAAUUUUUUUUCAAUGUGUAUUUUGUGGUGAUAAAGAAUCACUUUUGAGGUUAAAAUCAUCAAUUGAUCCAACAAAUUCACUUAAAUGGAAUGGAAGUGAUGUUUGCAAAUGGGAUGGUGUUAAAGAAUGCUUAAAUGGUAGAGUCUCAAAACUUGUUCUUGAAAAUAAAAAUUUACAAGGUACAUUAGAUUCAAGAAUAUUAAAUGAAUUAGAUCAAAUUAGAGUUUUAAGCUUUAAACAAAAUUCACUCUUUGGCAAAAUCCCAAAUCUUUCUGGCUUACAAAAUCUUAAAUCUCUCUUUCUUUCUUUUAAUAACUUUUCCGGCGACUUUCCGGCUAGUUUAACCACCCUUCACCGCCUUAAAACCAUUGUGCUUUCCAGCAACCAACUUUCCGGCGAUAUUCCGUCGUCAAUACUCAAUGUACAAAGAUUAUAUGUUCUUUACCUCGACAACAACAGAUUCACCGGAAAAAUCCCACCUUUAAACCAAUCCAGCCUGAAAUUUCUAAACUUGUCAAGCAAUCAACUUUCUGGCCAAAUUCCGGCGACCCCAGUAUUAGUCAGAUUCAACUCUACGUCGUUUUCCGGCAAUGUUGAUCUUUGCGGUGAUGCAUUCAACAUCCCAUGCAACAUUACUCCAACCCCAUCUUUUUCUCCGGCGAACCCACCUCUAACGGCCGGGAAAUCACACCGUCACCGGAAAAUCAAGAAAAUAGCCAUAAUCGCCGGUUCCGUUGGUGGGUUUUUGUUGUUAUGCCUGUUAGUCACACUCUUAGCGCUCUGCAUCAAAAAGACACAAAAAAACAAGUCUCCAGAGACAGCUACAAAAAAGUCAGAAAUUGCGGCGGCGCCACCCUCCGCCGCCGGAGCAGCAAGUAGCAGUGGCAAAACAGGUGACACCAGUGGCGAUGACGGCGGCGGCGGGAUUGGGAAGUUGGUAUUUUUUGGUGGCGGAGACUCGCCGGAAAUGAGUUAUAGUUUAGAAGAUUUAUUGAAAGCGUCGGCGGAGACAUUGGGUAGGGGGACGGUGGGCAGCACGUAUAAGGCGGUGAUGGAAUCGGGGUUUAUUGUUACGGUGAAACGCCUAAAGGAUGCCAGGUAUCCAAGGGUGGAGGAAUUCCGGAGACACGUGGACGUCAUCGGACGGUUGAGACAUCAAAAUUUGGUCCCACUUAGAGCCUAUUUCCAUGCUAAGGAAGAACGCUUGCUUGUAUACGAUUAUUUCCCCAAUGGCAGUCUUUUCUCGCUCAUCCAUGGAUCAAGAACAUCAGCUGGUGGAAAGCCACUUCACUGGACAUCGUGUCUCAAGAUUGCUGAGGACCUGGCUACAGGGCUUUUAUACAUCCACCAAAACCCUGGUCUUACCCACGGAAAUUUGAAAUCCUCAAAUGUCCUCUUAGGCUCCGAUUUUGAAUCUUGCCUUACGGAUUACGGAUUGAUGACAUUCAGAAACCCGGACUACCCAGAAGAAGCAAGCGCUUCCUCUCUCUUCUAUCGUGCUCCAGAAUGUCGUGACCCCAGAAAACCGCUCACUCAACAAGCGGAUGUCUACAGCUUUGGUGUUCUUCUGUUGGAGCUUCUCACUGGUAAAACUCCAUUCCAGGACCUUGUUAUGGAACACGGGUCGGAUAUUCCUAAAUGGGUCAAGUCAGUAAGAGAAGAAGAAACAGAGUCAGGUGAUGAGCCAACGUCUUCUGGGAAUGAGGCGUCAGAGGAGAAACUUACAGCUCUUCUGAACAUUGCCAUGGCUUGUAUUUCACUUGUCCCGGAGAAUAGACCGGUGAUGAAGGAGGUGUUGAGGAUGAUUCGGGAAACGAGAGCAGAAGCAGCUAUUGUGUCAUCUAAUAGCAGCGAUCAUUCACCAGGACGAUGGUCAGAUACUGUUCAGAGCUUGCCGAGGGACGAACAUUUAAGCAUAUGAUUCUUAAGUGGUCGAAUUUAGUGAAAUUUUAUUCUGUUUAUUUGUGUAGGAAGUAAAGUUUUUUUUUUCUUUCAUAUUUAUCAUUGAUUGGAAUCUUUUGCUAAUAUAGUUGUGUCAUGAUUUUUAAACAUAAUUAAGUGAUGUUGGAUAUAACUCGAUAAACAAUUAUGAA